UAGAUACUUUUCCUUAUUGUUUUAUUUUGGACAGUUAUCUGAGCGAACAUGCGGCAAAGUUUCACCUGGAGCUAAACCUUUAACGUUCUCUCCCUCUUUCAUUUUCUCAUUUGAACAACUAAUCUAUCGUCGCCAUCAGCGUCAGUUACUUUGACAACGGCGAGCCCCGUAACAACUCGACUGUCGGUGCAUUUGUCGAAGCCAAAGAUGGAGAAAGACGGACGUUUCAACUUCAGACUAUUGGUGCCACCACGGGUGUCUGCCGUUAAACCCCAAGAAAUUGUCGACAACAACAGAGCUGAGCUCGGUCCCAUUAAAUAUUUUGUUAAAGACCAAAACAAUAAAAGCGCUGUCGCCGCAACUCAACCAACCACACCAGAUUGCUUGAAGAUGACAGUGGCCCCAGCAGAAAAAGAAGAGAGCAACUGUUCUCCUGGACAGCUUUGUUCUAAAAUGUUUGAUGAAGUGGAGAAAAUCAAAUUCUGGAAAGUCAAAGUGGACUCUGACGCUGCACAAAGCGAGAGGAAACUUCAGGAGAACAAACGAACAAUCGAGACUCAGCGCAAUGCCAUUCACGAAUUGCAGUUUCAAAAUGAAAGUCUCAGCACCAAGCUUGAGGAGCAGAUGAGUGAAAAUGAGGAUUGGCGGAACAAACACAAUGCAACCCGCGACUUGUGUAAUUUGCUGAAAGAAACUUUGGAGCGGUCAGCAGACAAAAUGCAAUUGUUCGAAUCAGAGCGAGAAGAAACACAUCGCCUUAUGACGGAAAACAGUGAACGUGUUCAGAAAGUGAUUGCAGCAUUUGAACUCCUUCGUGGUCAAGCCGAAGCUGAGCAGGAAAAGAUGCAAUCUGUCAAAGAGAAUUUGCAAAAAAUUGAAGCGCUAAAAGAAACGUAUCAUCAAGAAUGCACCCUAAAAGAGAAAGAGGUGGCAACGCUUAUAGCCAAACUUCAGGAUAAAGAAAGUGAACUCGAGAAAGUCCAGCAUGAACUCCAUGACACUCAAAAUCAGUGCAGACAACUUGAAGAGGCCAAAACUCAACAAUGUAAAGAUCUUAGAAGCUCAAAAAUGGCACAAGACUCCCUUCUCGAAAAAUUGAACUCGGCAGAGCAGCGCUAUCGAGAAAGCGAGACUACCCGGGAAGUCAUGGGUGCCAUGCUGAGAAGGAGCAAAGAAGAACAUGCACAGAUCCUCCAAAGCAAAGAUUUAAGCUUGCAGGAGGUUCAUCGGGUUAAAAAUGAACAAGCCGAGAAGCUCGAGCAAGUUCAGAGAACCCUUGUGGAGCUGCAGAAUUCAUUAGCCGUUGAGGAACAAAGGUCAAAGGAUUGCGAGGAAAAACUAAUGGCUAAAAACAAAGAACUUGAAAGGAGUAACCAAGCUUUAGAAGAAAUGGUCGAACAAAGGGCAAGAAUAGAUGAGCAAAUCACCGUCCUCCAGAGUGAAUUGGAAACAAAUGUGAACUCACUGGAGAUUGUGAAGGGAAAAGCUGAUGUACUUGAGAUCAGAGUGAACGAUCUCCAAGCUGAGCUUUCGGCCAAAACUAUAGAAGUCAAGCUCGUCAUGGAUGAGGCAGGGACAAUCCGCGCAGAAAACGAAAACCUCAAGAAAGUUUGUGAAAAGUCACAAGUUUUCAUGGAAGAGCACAGCCUCACCGAGAGAAAGGUUCAGGAGCUAGAGGAAAAGUUCUUCAACGAAGUGAAGAAAACAGAGACGUACAGUUUUGAGAUAGUGCAACUCAAGAAAGAACUCGCAGAGCAUCAAGCCAAGUACGAAGAGCUGCUGUCCGACUUCAAUGAGGUUCAUUUGGAAAAAAAGGCUGUUGAGCAGAAAUUUGAAAGCAAGUCCUCUAAUGUGAAAGCCAUUGAGGCAGACAUGAAGGUGAGCGAGAAGAAGGCAGCGAAGCUCUCAAAGGAAAUUCAGAAGCUGGAAGAGGAAAACCAACGUUUAAGAGUGGAAAUAUGUACUAUUCAGAGCCUACACCAAAGACAGUGUGAAGAAAUUGAAACGUUGCAGAAAAAAAUGGAAGACAGCUGUGAGCAUUUGCAGAAGAGGGUUACACAAACAGAAAGACAGCUCAAAGCCGCAGAAGUAAAGUGCUCUCACCUCAGUAAGAAAAUUGGAUCCCACCUUAAAGCAGGGGAAUACCAGAAAGAGAUUAAAAAACUCAAGUCACAAAUCACAAAAGAGCUUGUGAAAUAUAGUCACCUUGAAAACAAGAUGAGCAGUCUGGAUGAGGAAUCCCGGAACCAGAAAAGAGAGCUUGAGGAAAAGCAUCAGGAGCUGCUCAAAGAGCUUCAUGAUAAAUCGAUAAUUAUGCAAGAGCUCCAAGCAACAGCAGCUGAGGCCAUCAAGAGCAAAGAGGACGCGGAACUCAAGUGUCAAAUCAAGACGGCAGAUACUGUCGCACUGAUGAGCAAAUAUGAGCGCACGGUCAAAGAAAAAGAUGCAGCGCUGGACGAGAUGAAGAAGCGCGAGACAAUGGCAGUUAGCUUCAGAUCGGCAGCGGAGCUUGACGUAACCAGGCUGAAGACCGAAAACAGUCAACUGAAGAAGCAGUUGACAACUGACAAGAAGAAGUUAAGUGACCAGAAGAAAGAAUUGUCGUUGUUUAAAUCAUCUCAGCUGUCCCAAGAUAAGAACAGCACGGCAAAGGCCUUCGACACAAAUGAAGGAGAGAGUCAUGUCGAAACACCAAGAAGUAGGUCUUCAAAGAUGACCGUGUUUGACUUCGCCGAGGAAUCUGGCUUUGGAUCCAUGAGGAUGUCGGGUGAAAGGACCCCAAAGAUCAAGGAACGUCGCUGCAAAGAAAUUGCUUCCCCGGUAAAAAGGACAAAGCGGGCUGGCAAAGAAGACAAAAUAAAAACCUACAGAAUAAGAACGCCCCCUAGUGCUACAAAGCCAGGGGUUUGGGGGAAGGGAGCCAUUGAGCUGCAGUCUGACGGCUCUGAGCCAAACAACAUUUUGACUUUCAAGAACGUCCCAGAAACCCACUUCUCUGUUCCGGUCGCUAAAUGCAACCCAUUCCAAAAGAGCCCCACUACUGUUAAGCCACCAAGAAACUCUCUAAAGUUAGCGGCCGUCAAGAGGAUUCGUGAUGCUGGCUGGAUGGCUGUCAAUAGCAGUGAGAAAAAGAAGAGGUCUCAUGCAAACAAUUUCAUAUAAGCUGUGCUGUGGAUGCAGUUGAGUUUUCUAUUCUAAUGUUGAAAGGCACAUAUCUUUGGUGGUGGUGGUGGUGGUAAUAUAGUCAAAACAGUAGUCAGAGAGUUGUAGGAAGAGGUAUGGUUUUGUAGUUCUAGUAAUUAUAGUAUGUACUAAGCAUAGCACAAUAGUGCUGUAGCGGCAAUUGCGAGUAAAAAAAGUUGUUGUUUUGCGUAGUAAAAAAAAGUUUGUUAUUCAGUUUGCUCGUGUAAUACUACUACGCACGACUACGUGUUACUAGUCAUAGUAGUUGGUACCUCAGAGUCAUGUUGUUGUUGUAUUUUGGUACCUUAAUAGUUAUUGCUAUGAUUUGUGUAACAUUUUCACAGUUUGACAGUGUCUUGUCAAUGAAAUGUUAAUGUUAACUACAUUGUGUUUAAAAAAUGUGGAAUUUAGUCAUAUUGAUGAUGUAAAUGCAUGAGGUUCACAGUAAAGAUGAGCUUAAAUAUAAAACAUUUAUUUGCUGAGCAUU